GCGAUUGAGGAAUCUUUGCUUAUAAUAACAGUGGAUUGCUUAUUCUCAUCACACUCGAUGCGAGAAACAGACACCACAACAUAAACACUCACUUCAUAUUUUGUGAAAACUUGUUCAAUCAUUUUGAUUGAGUGUAAGAGGACUAAAAGAAAUAAACCCGUGUGAAUGUGACAUUUUGAUUCACGGAGAAAAAUAAUAUUUGGAGUUUUCGCCGGAGUUUCAGGAAUAACAAUGCAGCCGGGAUCCCUGCAACAUCGCUACCACCCCACAGCAAACGUUCCCGGGAUCAGCAACGGGCCGGGACUGAGUAUGAUGCCGGCGUUAUUCGGAGACCAAAAUUACUACCGACAUGGGGGAUACCCCACCAUGGCUAUGGGGGGACUCUCCGCCGCUAUGUACUCUCCGGAUCAGUAUGGAGCCAUGGGCCGCCCGUCCCCUUACUCCCAUUACGGAACCCCUCACCAGUCACCCAAAGACAUGGUCAAACCUCCCUACAGCUAUAUCGCCCUCAUUGCCAUGGCCAUUCAGAGCCAACCGGACAAAAAAGUCACCCUAAACGGGAUUUACCAGUUCAUCAUGGACAGAUUUCCAUUCUACCGGGAAAAUAAACAAGGCUGGCAAAACAGUAUACGACACAAUCUGUCGCUAAACGAGUGCUUCGUGAAAAUUCCAAGGGAUGACAAGAAGCCCGGAAAAGGAAGUUAUUGGAGCCUGGAUCCGGACAGCUAUAACAUGUUUGACAACGGGAGCUACCUCCGGCGCCGGAGAAGGUUCAAGAAGAAGGACUCCAGAGACAAGAAUUCCAAAGUAUCCGACGACUCGGAAAAACCGGAUCAUCGUUUGGACGCACCCAUAGAUCGGUGCCAUAUAUCAAAGGAGGAUUUAGGAAGUUCCGAAUAUUCAGAAAACUCAAAUAGCGGAAAAGAAAGUUUCGGAAAGGGACGAGAAAGCGAACCCGAUGUUAAACCUUCGCGGUCGACUGUAACAACCAAACUAGAACCUUUAGAGAACUCUGAUAUAAUAAAUGAAAACAACCGAUCCCAUUCCAGUCCCAGCUCUCUACCGAUCCCUGCCGAUCCAAUGGAACCAACCACUUCCAACUUUUCCGUGGAGAAUAUCAUGACAAAUUCGCACGUGAGUUCUAACUGUGACAUCACAGGAGCAGGCUGUAACUAUGCCCCUAGUCGCCCGACCUCUCUAGUCAGCCCACCUCUUCUCUCGUAUUCCAGGUCUAACGACAUUUACCGGAACAUUUCUUGUAACCAAAAUGUGUCGCCAACUCUCGGCUACAACUACCCCAGCAAUAUGGCAGCUCAAGCUCUUCUCAACCACACAACCGCCGGAACCGGAAACCCCUCGCUGAAUAUGUCGUCGUCAGCGACUGAAGAUGGGAGCGGUGGUGACGGAUCCCCUCAGCCGUCCCCCGCCCACAUCCACCCGUCCCUCCCCCAGCCUAACUCCCUGAACCCCGCCAUGUUUUCCAUGUCGCAGUCACAAUCCUACGGGCGUCCACCGAACGGCUGGUACAUGGCACCACCGUCCGAAAUCAACCACCUGGGUAACCCGGAAUUCAGCACCACCUCGCCCUUCUCCACCGUCAGGGACGUGUUCGAGAGUCAGCGGCUCCUGAGCGCCCAGGGGCAGGGCCAGUCCCCCUCCAGCUGUCAGCUCGCGGCCUUCCGGAAUCCGUACAAAUCCCCUAGCGCAUACAGUUGUGAUUACGGCAAAUUCUAGAGCCAUGGUUUCCGUGUAUAGAGACAUAUGCAAACAAUUAUUUUGUUCUUCUCUAUCCAGUAAAUGCCAAAUAGUGCUAAGUCUUGACACUUUAAAGUGACAACAAAGUUUUGAAGGGUGUUCGAUUUUUUUUAAACAUUUGUGUUUAUGUCAUAAUUUGUACAGAUCACCAGGCUGUUGCUUGAACAGUGUUGCUUGUGAAGUGAUUCGACAAUUGCUGAAACUGUGGAUUAUUCUCAUGACUGAAAAACAAUUACCAAAAAUAUAAGAAGCGUUUUAUGUACCAUUUAAUAGAGGUAUCUAUUUUGUUAAAUAUAAGUAUAUUUUGUAUAUUACACAUUAAAUGUGUAAAAGUU